UUCAGAUUUGACAAAUUUAUAAGCAAUUGAAAACAGGGUCUUAUAAUGGGAAGUGCUGGGCAAUCUUAGGUGGGACUGGUAUUGCAUAAAAAGAGCUGGUAAGGGGAGGCUCGAUGAGUCAAGUUUCACUUCUGAAUCCAACCGGGAUUGGUAAAUGACUGAAAGUAAAUCAAUUGGUGGUUUCUGUAUAGUAGACAGGGGACCAGAUCCCCAAAAGUCCUUCCUUAGUCACCUUAGUUGGCAUUAAUUGGCACCUGCGGGCAGUCUACACAGAAAGAUCAAGAACUCAGUGGCUAUGAAGUGUGAUGUGCUCUCAUUCUCGAAGUGGUCCCUCAGAGUAUGGCUGAGGCACAGUGGCAGGGCAGUGUGGAAAGGCUGCUCUACUGUGCCCCUGCUGGACCUUUCUUUAGUUCUUUAGGGAUAUCAAUUUCAACAAUACUAAUUCACUUGAAAAAUAACCCAAAACCUCAAAGAACUAGUCAUCAGUUUAGGAAAUUUUUAAAAUAAAUGUCUUAAAUACCCUAAAUAUGUCUCUAGUGAAGAAAGAUAUUACAUUUAUUUUUUUUAAAUUAGAGAUGGGGCUGAACCAAAGUCCUAUAUCCAAAUCAUAAACUUGGAUUUGAAGUCACAGCUUGAACUUCUUUCUAGAAAGGACUGAAUCCAAGCACCUUGAACUUUGAUUUAGACCCAGAUUUCAACCCCACCUUAUUCUCCAUGUUUGGGAAUAUUGAGAUCUGCCAUUUUAGGAUAUGUCUACACUAUGAUUAAAAAAAACCCGUGGCCCUGAGUUUCUGAACCUGGACUCUAGCCCAGCAGUUCUCAAACUUCAUUGCACCGCGACCCCCUUCUGACAAUAAAAAUGAUUACACAACACUAGGAGCGGGGGCUAAGUCUAAGCCAGUCCUGGUGACCCCAUUGAAAUUGGAUCGCGACCCACUUUGAGAUCCCGACCCACAGUUUGAGAACCGCUGCUCUAGCCUGAGCCCAAAUGUCUAAACUGCAAUUUAAUAGCCCCCGAACCAGUUGCAGCUGUGCUGUGAAUCUUUUAUUGCAGUAUAAGCAUACCCUUAGGGGCCAAACCAAUGCUCUUUGACAUUAAUGAGAGUCUUUCUAUUAUUGAUUUCAGUGGGCAUUGGAUUGGGCCUUUAGUUCUGCCUAUUCAUUAGGUACAUAGGUCAGAGCUAGAGUUUUGGUUCAGGUCCACUUUUUGUUUCCUCAAAGAAAGUAUAUAUUUAAACAUUAAAAACCAGCUUCUGCAAAAUAUUACUUGUUUAAGAUCUACUAUUCCUUUAUCGCAUUCAUAUUAGACUAUGCAAAAUAAUUUAAGGAUGCAGAAGGUUAGGCUUGAGUUGCCUUGGCAGAGUAGACUGCAUAGCCCCUGCUUUAUCCUCUGAAUCACUCCAGUCAAUUCCAUCAUUAUUCUGUGUUAAUUCAUACUGAACAAAUCCAUCCUCAAUGUGUCCUCAGUUAACGUGGUAUCUUGUGUAAAGGAAAUAAAUAAUUAUUUUUUCAACUCUUAGGGGAAAGUUAUCACUUUAGAAAACAAUCUGUCAUUUAAAAUUCUUUUUUUAAUUUAUGUCUGCUGUUUGGAUUUAAUUACAAUUUAAAACAUGUGCCGUGCUAAUAAAUACAGCAAUAUAGCCACAUUCUAUUUCAAAUUAAAAUGCACAAAUUUAAUGACUCUUCUGCUAAGACUAAUUAAUCAUGAAUUCUUUCUAGUCUUUAUAAGGGCAACACUUAAUCAAGCAUACAAAUUACUAGUGUCCAUCCUUCAGAGAAAUGAACUGUGUUAAAAUUCAAGCAAACAUUUUCCGACUGUUCAUACAAAGGGUUGCAUAAGACAGUCAUUGUGUUGCCAUAAAACUUUCCCCAUGAUUUGCUGCUGAUCAGCAUAUACUUCACCUCUUUUCCUCCAAUUAAAAAUUGCAAACAGAAAAGCUUUCCAGCACUAACAGACCCACGUGUCUCCUCAUAGAUGUGGAAAGUCACAUGUUUCAGGAAUGGCCAGACACCCCACUCUGGUACAAUAUAAAAGCAAUGUUAGUCAUUGUCUCUCAUUUUUAAUAGCUCUCCUUUCAUGGUUCUAAUUUUGCCAUUAGGAACUAAACAUUACAGGAACUUUCCUUUUAGUAUAGUGUAACCAAUAAAGAUGGAUCUCCUUCAUAGUAACGGUGUGCUUAUAAUUCAGCAUUUACAGAAGGAUUACAGGUCUUACCAGGAUUUUCUAAAUUUCAUGUCACAAGUAGGAGAUCCCCGGAAUAUAUUUUUAAUAUAUUUUCCUCUUUGGUUCCAACUUAACCAAGUGGUUGGUACUAAAAUGAUAUGGGUGGCAGUCAUUGGAGAUUGGUUCAACCUCAUAUUUAAAUGGAUUUUAUUUGGUCAUCGUCCAUAUUGGUGGGUCCAAGAAACAAUGAUCUAUCCCAAUCAAUCGAGCCCAUGUCUUGAACAAUUUCCUAUAACAUGUGAAACUGGGCCAGGAAGCCCAUCUGGCCAUGCCAUGGGCUCUUCUUGUGUCUGGUAUGUAAUGGUAACAGCAGCACUUAGCUACACGAUGAGGUGGAAAGAUGAAUCUGCAAUUACACUGCACAGACUUACCUGGUCAUUCCUCUGGAGUGUGUUUUGGAUUAUUCAGAUCAGUGUGUGUGUCUCUAGAGUAUUCAUAGCCACACAUUUCCCACAUCAAGUUAUUCUUGGAGUAAUUGGUGGAAUGCUUGUUGCUGAAGCAUUUGAACAUACCCCUGCUAUCCAGACAGCGAACUUGGGAACGUAUAUCAAGACAAAUUUGUUUCUAUUCAUCUUUGCUCUUGGCUUUUACCUGCUUCUCAAACUUAUUGAUGUUGAUCUUCUAUGGUCCGUUCCAAAGGCAAAGAAAUGGUGUGCCAAUCCAGACUGGAUAAACAUUGACACAACUCCAUUCGCUGGACUGGUGAGAAAUUUAGGUGCACUCUUUGGGUUAGGUCUUGGCAUUAAUUCUGAAAUGUUCAUCAUGAGCUGUAAAGGUACAAAUGGAUAUAAGAUGAGUUUCAGACUACUGUGCAUAGCUGCUUCUUUAGUUACCUUGCAGCUGUUUGAUUUUAUCAAGUUACCCACGCAUACUGAGUAUUUGUUUUAUGUUCUUUCUUUUUGUAAAAGUGCAGCCAUACCUCUUACUGUAGUUGCCUUGAUUCCAUACUGCAUGCACUUGUUAAUGAGGCCAACUGAAAAGAAGUUAAAUUAGAUGAACUUUAAAAUGUGGGCGCAUUUAGAUACAGGUGGUGUUCUGUGACCCACUACAUAGGUAAUUAUUUUGGUACUCCAUUCUGAACAGUGGUGGGUGUCACUGUGUGUUUGAUGUGCUCCCGGUAAAUCCCAUGCCCAAAGGCAGUAUAUCCAGGAAUGACACUGUCAUGUCAGAACCACUGAUUGGCUUGCAUUUUGACUUCAUUCCCAGAAGUACUGCAAGGAUUGACAAUGCAGUAUGGCUGCCUAACGCCACUGCAGGUAUACACGUUUUGAUGCGUGUUGGGAUUAGCCACAGUUUGUAGAUUUUCUAGUUCUUGUACACUUUCAAUUGGAUGGUGCUUCAUCUCCCAUAUCAUCAUUUCAUUCCACUUUCCAUUUUAUAUAUAUAUAUAAAUGCUGCAUGUUAAUCUGCUGGAAAAUUAGGUGUGAUAAAAUCACACUAACUCAACCACAUGAAUACAGCCAUGUAGUGUGGUGAAGUUCUGUAUAGUUUGCCAAACUUUAGAUUUAACUUAAGUGUUUUCUGAGUGAAGCAUCUUCUGAGUCAGGAAAGAAGAAGAAAAUAUUUUUAAAAAGAUUAGUCUGAAAUAAUGUAAUUUCAGUCCACUUCAUUCUAUUUCUAGAGCUAUUGACAGAGCAGAUAACUUUGUAUUGAUACGUUGCUUUUUGUAUUUUUCUUUCAAAAAUAACUAAAUGCAAAAUCUUAGAAUUUAUUGCCUUUUCAUUUCAUUUACUAAAACUACUAUACAUUUAACUUUGUGGAAAUUCAUGAACAUAGCACAUCAGGGUAGAGAUAGCUCAGUGGUUUGAGCACUGGCCUGCUAAACCCAGGGUUGUGAGUUCAAUCCUUGAGGGGCCACUUA